ACCACGAAAAGUCGGCUCUUUUAUACGCCGUUUUUCGUUCUCCCCCUUCUUCAAGUUGAUGAUCUGACUUGCAAUUUGAAUAAGAGAUGGCUACCGAUGAUAAACUCCCAGAAAUCCCAUCGUCGUUAGAAGGCUGGAAAGAGCGAUUUCUUCUCCCAACUGUUUUUGCAGGAAUUGCUGGUGCUGGUGUUGGAUCGAUAUCGAGACAUCGUAAAGUUCAAGGUCUUGCUAAAAUUUCUUCGACUUAUGCAGCUAACUUUGCCAUAGUCACCGGUUGCUAUUGCGGUGCACGUGAAUUUGUAAGAGUGAACAGACAUUCAGAUCCUGAAGAUCUAUUGGACUCAGCAAUUGCAGGAUUUGGCAGUGGUGCAAUCUUAGGACGCCUUCAAGGGGGACAACUUGGGGCUGUUCGUUACUCAAUUGUUUUUGCGAUUGUAGGAACAUCAGUGGAUUAUGCUACGAUUAAACUCAAACCUAUCAUGAAGAAUUUCAGUGAAUCUAUCUACCAAAAUUCUCAGAAGGAUGGGGGUUGGUUCAAGAUUCCUGAAUGGUCUCCAAUUAAAGUGCUCGAUGAGGAAGCUCUCGCUGCUAAAAAAGUACGGGAAGAGAAGCUAAUUGCUCAAAGGAACAAUCUAAAUAAUCUUUCUAAAGAGUAAAAUUGAGUGUUAGUUCUUACUACUUCUAGUUGGAUUUUGGUUUAUACUGUUAAAUAUUCGUGUUAUUUUCAUGAUACAAAUGGGGAAACAAAGAUGGUAUCAAAUUCCAAUCCAACUGGAACUGAUCAUAGUUUUCAAGUUGACUAUUAAAUCGUAGUCAUAAUUUUAUUUAUUUGUUUA